CUAUUUAAGCAGCAUCAAACAAUCAUUUCUUCCUCACACAGCUCCAAACCAACGACUUUUUUUUUUUUAAUCUGAGAACAUCGUAAUCCUCGACCGGUUUCUCCACAAUGGAGGAGGAGAAGAAGUUGGAAUUAGAAGAAGCUCCAAUAUUCCAUGGAGAUGUCUUAGAGGCUGUCCUGUCGCGUGUGCCUCUCAUCGAUCUCGUGCCUGCAUGCCAAGUGUCCAAGCCAUGGGAAUCUGCCGUUGUCUCCUCUCUUCGACAUCUGAAUCCAAUCAAGCCGUGGCUCAUUGUCCACACUCAGACCACCCGGCACCCGUACGCUACCACCACGCACGCGUACGACCCGCGCUCCGACCUGUGGGUGGAGAUUGAGCAGCCACCGAUCAAGCAUGUCUCGGUUCUCCGGUCUUCUCACUCAACCCUCCUCUACAUGCAGUCCCCCUUCAAAUUCGCCUUCUCUUUCGACCCCCUCCACCUGAUGUGGCACCUCGCCGACGCUCCGAUCGCGUGGCGAACCGAUCCGAUCGUCGCUCUAGUGGGCCAACACAUCGUCGUCGCUGGCGGCGGGUGUGACUUCGGGGACGACCCGAUCCCCAUGGAGACCUACGACCUCCGAACUGGUACGUGGGAAACGUGCGAGUCGAUGCCCUCCAUCCUCAAGGAUUCCGCUGCUUCGACGUCGCUCUCUAUAGCUGUGGACGAGCAGAGAAUGUACGUGACGGAGAAAACCUCUGGCAUGACUCACUCGUUCGAUCCCAGUACCAAGACCUGGCAUGGGCCGUACAAUCUGCGACCUGGUACGAACGUUUUUUCCCCCGUGAUCGGAUUCGUCCACGGCCGUAUGGUGGUGGUGGGCCUGAUCGGAGACGCAGAGAAUGUCAAAGGCGUAAAAUUGUGGGAAGUCAGUAAGGGAACCGAAACGGUGGAGUUGAGGGAGGUGGGUGAGAUGCCAAAGGAGCUGGUGGAAAAGCUAAAGGGCAAGAGCCCUCGUCUACCGUAUAUUGCUAUGACGUCGAUGGGUAAUUUGGCGUACUUGCACAAUCCAUCGGAGCCAGGGGAGUUGAUCUUGUGCGAGGUAACCGACGGCUCAAAAUGCAAGUGGGGGAGUGUACGGAACGUGGUCGUGAACGAGGUCAAUCGGAUGCAGACUUUGGCGUUGACGUGUUCGAACGUAGGACUCGGAGAUUUGCAGGCGGCGUUGAGCUCUGGGGAUCGGAGAUUCAUUCACUGUUGAAGGACCGGAGUUACACUUCAGAGGCGUUUCCUAGGAAAUUAUUAUAUGAAUAUUGAAUUGAAUUAAACAUCAAGAGAACAGGAACGGGUAUAUAUACGGUAUUUUGCGAUUUGUGGACUGAGGGAUGAAUCUGGGUUACGUGGCUCCAUUUGGGAGUGGAGCUUCAUUUAUUUCUGAUUUAGUUAUAUUAUGUAAAUAUAUUGUAAAUAUAAUUUUUUAAUAUGAG